AUGGAGCAAUUCGAAGGUUACUUUCAGAGAGCAGAUACGGAUCGGGAUGGGAGAAUCAGUGGAGCUGAAGCUGUUGCUUUCUUUCAAGGAUCCAACUUAUCUAAGCAAGUACUUGCUCAGAUAUGGAUGCAUGCGGAUCAAAGCCAUACUGGUUACCUUGGUCGUCAGGAAUUUUAUAAUGCUCUUAAACUUGUAACUGUUGCACAGAGUAAGCGCGAAUUAACACCAGAUAUUGCGAACGCGGCCUUAUAUGGCCCAGCCUCAGCCAAAAUCCCUGCUCCGCAGAUUAAUCUUGCAACUAUCUCAGUGCCUCUGUCAAAUCAAGUGGCUGCUGCAUCUGUGCCUCAGAUGGGCACAGUUGCACCAAUGGCUACUCAAAAUUUUGGAGUCAGAGGGCAAGUACCUACAAAUGCAAGUAUGAACCAGCAGUAUUUCCCAUCUCAAGGAAGUCAGGCAAUGAGGCCACCUCUUUCCAUGCCUACUGGUUCUGCGUCACGUCUACAGGGUGUUGGAGGUCCAGAUUUCCCUAGGGGAGCUAGUAUGGUGGGCCCUGGUCUUCCAAACUCAAACAUUUCAAGUGACUGGUUUGGUGGAAGAACUGGUGGAGCUUCUACUGGAGCAACAUCACAAGUCCCUAACAGAGGAAUUAGUCCCUCAAUUGCCACAGUUUCACCAAAACCACAAGAUCCACUUUCAACCUCUUCCUCAAUGGCAGCCAGAGAUCCUAAAGCACCGCUUGGUUCCGGAAAUGGAUUUGCCUCUGACCAAAUGUUUGGGGGUGAUGUGUUUUCCGCCACCCAGUCUUUACCCAAGCAAGUUUAUUCUGGACCAACAUAUUCUGCGAGUAGUGCACUUGUCUCUUCAGCCAUUGUUCCAACAACUGGUGGACCCAUGUCUUCGGUUAAGCCUGACCCAUUUGAAUUAUUACCGAGUAGUCUUACGAGGCAAUCUACGGGAAAUCAGAUUCAGCCGGCCCUGUCAUUAUCGAAACCAAACCAACAGGUUUCAGGUCAAAGUGCUUCCACUCUUGCGUCAUCUGGAAUGAUAGCUGAGGUUAGUAAUUCUACUUCCAACCAAUCCCAGCAUCCAUGGCCAAAAAUGACUCGUGCUGGCGUUCAGAAGUAUAUGAAAGUGUUUCUGGAAGUAGACACUGAUAGAGAUGGGAAAAUCACUGGUGAGCAGGCACGCAAUCUGUUCCUGAGUUGGAGACUGCCAAGAGGUAAAAAUUGUUUUGUUUGA